UUCAAUCAUAGUACCGUCAUCAACCGAUCGGUGUGAAGAGAGUUUUACCGAAUUGUGCUACUGUGCAAACACCAACCCUCCCAGGAUAAAAAAAAACAGCUGAAGGUGUUCUUCAGUGAAAAUUAGUGAAAAGUUCAAGCCAAACCAAAUUACCAACAUGUUCCGAGCAAUUAUCUUUGUGACACUGUUUGCGGUGUGUUUCGCCGGGUACAUCCACCCCCGGCAGGACGAUGACGAAGUGGCCGAAACCGAGCACCAUCACAACAUCGAUCACAAGCACGCCACCUCGCAUCAGAGCUUCAAGAUCCACCACUUCCACGCAGUGCCGGUGUACGUCAAGAAGGAGGACCAACAGUUCCUGAAGCACCCGGUCGAAGUGUCCGGAAUUAAGCACAAUCUGAAGAUUGUCCACCCUGAAACCGAGCACAAUCACGCCCACGGACUGACCCUGGAGAACCACAGCGAGUUCGACAGCAAGCUGCACGGUGGCUACGGACACGAUCUGGGCCAUGCCGGUACGGAGCACGUUGCCGCCCAGGAAUACGGCGGCCACCAGGAGUACGAACACCACCAGCACCACUACGGACACCUGGAGGACCAGGACGAGUAAAGAGCGGACCGGGGCACUCGCGCGCGGUCGUUGGGCAUUCCCCGCUGACUGAAUGACUGUUGUAUUAUGUGUAUACUUGUGAUAUAGUCAAUUUUUAUUAUUUAACAUAAGUUCCGCCCGCUGCCUCAUCCCGUGUUGAGCCAUUGAGGGGUUGCUGGCGGGGGAGCUUGAUUUGAGUGCAGGAAUAACUCCCACUUGUUGCAGCCACGAUAUAUUAUUUAAAUUAUCAAACCAUGACAUCAUCAGUUGUUAACUAUUGUUUUUCAUAUUCGUUACGAAUCUCACCUAUAAAGACUUAAUAAACGUAAUGAAUGUUACGAUGCUUUUAUCAUA